AAACCCUAACCCGAACUUUUCUUUCAGUCUUGCCUUGUCGUUGUGAUUCUCGUGUUCUUGUUUGGUUUCGAGUCUCUCUGUUGUUAUCAUUCUUUGUUUGGUGCUAAAUUGUUGAACUGGUUUACUUUUCUUGCUUGAUUAAGGAACUAUUGGAGGUUUUUUGAGUGUUUUCAUGUUAAAUUCGUUCCCUUGAUGAUUGUUUCGUGUUGAAUUUGUUUCCUUUUUCAUGAUUAAUCGAUGGGUUUGCUCUUUUUCACAUGGGCUUGUGAUUUCUUGUUUUGAUCGUUAUAAUAUUUGUGAAAGGAGAUGUGUUAAUACUUUUAUAUUGUUGAUCAUGGCGGUGUUCCCUUCAAUUUUAUGUUUUUGUUCUGGGCUUGUUUUCUGUCUUCAUGUUUGUUGAAUUGUGUAGCCCAACAAAAUCAAACUCUAGAUCUGUUUUUCCUUCCUUUGAAUCGUUUAAAACUGUUUAUAAUAGGCGAGAAUACCUAUUUUGACCCUGAUCCAUUUGGGUCCCUUUACACGAACUUUUGACGAACUCUUGGAAGAACCUUAUAUUGGACCUACAAUUAACGUAUGACUCCUAUUUGGCCCAAAGGGUUCGCACAUGGUCAACUUGAAAGCUAGCUUGGUGGCCCAUAGUUCUGCACCCAGUGGCCUUAUAAUCAACUUAUGGUCUGUGGCUGCUGGCACAAGCAGAAUAGCAGAUAUGCAUAUCACAUAUGUUGUGGUCAUGACCUUGUAGUUAUUUUAUAGGACCUUUCGCCUGUCCUUGCCUGGACCGGAGAGGUGGAUUUAGUCUCAAUGCUAAGAGUUGGUGCGAGGACAUCACCUGGCCACAAAACCGAAAAGAAAUCACUUUCUGAGACCAGAUGGCAACCCCUGAAGAGAAUAAUCAGCUGGUGAUUGCUCCUGAAUCUACUCCAGAAACACAGCCUAAUAAGCGGAGGAAGAAGAAGUCCAUAGUCUGGGAACAUUUCACAAUAGAAAAUGUAAGCCCUGGAUGUAGAAGGGCGAGCUGUAACCAGUGCAAGCAAAGUUUUGCAUACAGCACGGGAUCUAAAGUAGCUGGUACCAGCCAUCUCAAACGUCAUAUUGCCAAAGGAACUUGCCCAGCACUGCUACGCAAUCAAUCGCCAUUUACCCCUGGGAUGAAUGGAAAUGGCAGCAUGUCCGAUCCACCUAAACGUCGCUACAGAUCCCCGAGUUCUGCCUACAUUUCCUUCGAUUCAGACCGUUGCCGCCAUGAAAUUGCCAGAAUGAUGAUAAUGCAUGACUACCCUCUUCACAUGGUAGAACAUUCUGGAUUCCUAGCCUUUGUCCAGAAUCUUCAACCCAGGUUUGACAUGGUGAGCUUCAAUACCGUCCAAGGGGAUUGUGUCGCCACUUACUUGAGAGAGAAGCAAAACAUUAUGAAGUUUGUUGAGAGCAUGCCUGGGCGUGUCUGCCUUACAUUGGACAUGUGGACUUCUAGCCAAAGCUUGGGUUUUGUGUUUAUAACAGGACACUUUAUUGAUAGUGACUGGAAGCCUCAGAGUAGGAUUCUCAAUGUUGUGAUGGAGCCAUAUCCUGAUUCAGACAUGGCAAUCAGCCAUGCUGUUGCUUGUUGUCUUUCUGAUUGGAGUUUGGAAGGCAAACUAUUUUCUAUCACUUUCAAUCAUCCAGUGGGUGAACCUGGGCGUGAAAACCUCAGAUCUCUUCUCUGUGUCAAAAAUCCCCUUAUCAUCAAUGGUCAGUUAAUGAUUGGGAACUGCAGUGCUCGCAUUCUAAGUAGCAUUGCAAAAGAUGUCCUAUGGGCAGGACGAGAGAUCAUCAAGAAAAUCCGCGACAGCAUAAAGUAUGUGAAGACUUCAGAAUCUCAUGAGGAAAAGUUCCUUGAGCUCAAGCAACAGCUUCAAGUCCCCAGUGAAAAAAGUCUAUCCCUUGACAAUACAACUCAAUGGAACUCAACUUUUCAGAUGUUGGUCGCUGCUUCAGAGUUAAAGGAAGUAUUUUCUUGCUUGGAUACUUCUGAUCCCGAUUACAAAGAAGCCCCUUCAAUGGAAGACUGGAAGCAGAUUGAGAUUAUAUGCACAUACUUGAAACCUCUCUUUGACGCAGCCAAUAUCCUUACAUCCAGAAAUAAUGUGACUCCAAUAACAUUCUUUCAUGAACUAUGGAAGAUUCAUGAGCUGUCUCGUGCAGUAGCAAGCGAGGAUCCCUUUAUCAGCAGUCUUGCUAAACUAAUGCGAGAGAAGAUUGACAAAUAUCUUAAAGAAUGCAGCCUUGCUUUGGCAAUUGCAGUAGUCAUGGAUCCUCGGUUUAAGAUGAAGUUGGUUCAGUUCCGUUUUUCAAAAAUCUUUGGUGACGAAGCUCCUUUGUAUGUUAAGAUUGUUGAUGAUGGCCUCCAUGAGCUGUUUCUUGAAUAUGUUGCGCUUCCUCUACCCCUUACCCCAACUUAUGCUGAAGAUGGAAAUUUUGAGAACAUGAAGACAGAAGAUAACCAGGGAACUCUCCUUUCAGACCAUGGACUUACAGAUUUUGAUAUGUAUAUCAUGGAGACUACUAGCCAAAAUACGAGGUCAGAGCUGGAUCAGUAUUUGGAGGAGUCUUUAUUGCCUCGCUUGCAAGAGUUGGAUGUGUUAGACUGGUGGAAAAUGAACAAGCUCAAGUAUCCGACCCUUUCAAAACUGGCACGUGAUAUUUUGACCAUUCAGGUAUCUACUGCUGAUCCUGACUCUGUAUUCGAUACCGAGAUCAAAGAGCUGGAUUCAUACCGGAGUUCUUUGAGACCUGAGACAGUGGAAGCCCUUGUGUGUGCCAAGGACUGGCUUCAGUAUGGGUCUGCUGCACCUGCUGAAAUUUCAAAUGCGAUUGUCAAAGUAGGGUCUUAGAUCUAGUGUUUGUAUGUGUAUGAUUGGAGGUUUAUGUUAGAUGCUGCUAGUUUUCUCAUUCACAUUAGGCUACUAUGUGUAAUUUAUGUAUCAUUGAAGAUGAUUAUCUGGAUUGCUUGGACGUGAUAACUUAAAUUUCUUGAGUA